GUGUGCCCCAGCACACUUCACCCUAGCAAAAGAAUUUGCUAUCAUACAUUCCAACAAUAACGCCUCCUAUUAUCAUUGGUUCCUCUAGAGUUGGAGUUCUUUAACCUAGUGUACCAAUACACACCAUCUGAAGGCAAUGGCAGUCAGAGUUAGAGUGGAAUACCAUUCCUUGGUCACACCCCGCCUUCAAUAUAAUCUACAGCACAACCCAGCUCCAUGCCUGACCAAUCUCUGCUCAAGAUGAAGUCUCCACAGUGUCCUUCUACCUAGGUUGCCAUUAGAGUGUGUGGCAAAGAGGAAAAAUGACUUCAAGUGUGAUAAUUAAAAGAUCUUUAUGCUUCAAUUUCCUUAUCUCUAAUAAUAUGGGGAUGAGAAUAAUAAUGAUGGUGAUAGCAUCUAACAGAACAAUUAAAAAAAAAAGGCAGGGCAAGGCAAGGAAACCCAAUUUCUGUGAGUUUGUGGCCAGCCAGGGCCACAGAACAAGACUAUGACUCAAGCAAAACAAACAAAAAUCCAAACAAUUCAGAGGCAGAGAUAAAUUUGGAAGUGAGACGGCAGGAAGCUGAGGGAACUUCCAGUUCUCCCUGGACCAGGUCUCUGGAAAACCAGCCAGAACCUCAGCUGUCAACAAACUGGUUUAAUUCCACAUACGGCAUGAACUCGACACACAUGCGUAUGAGAACUACCAACUGGUCAGCUCCGAUUGUGUGGACUGACACUUACAAUGAGUCAGCCUUGAAAAAGUAUUAUAAAAAGCAUCCAGUUGCCGUGGGGCUGGUUGUGUUUGCAGUGGGGAGAUACCUUGAGUACUACUUGGAAAGCUUUCUGCUAUCUGCUAAUAUGUUCUUCAUGGUAAACCAAAGGGUCAUCAUUUAUGUCAUGUUGGACGACUUUUCCCGUAUGCCAUUUAUAAGUCUGAAUCGUCUCCGGACGUAUAAAAUUUUUAAAGUUAAGCAAGAGAGGAGGUGGCAGGACAUCAGUAUGAUGCGCAUGAAGACCAUCAGUGAACACAUCGCUGAUCACAUACGGCACGAAGUGGACUAUGUCUUCUGCAUGGAUGUGGAUCAAAUAUUCAAAGGCAGCUAUGGUCUGGAGACCCUGGGAGAGUCCGUAGCUCAGUUACACACCUACUGGUAUAAGGAAAGUCCGAACAAGGUGCCUUAUGAGAGAAACGAGGCGUCGGAAGCUUACAUACCGCUGGGGCAGGGGGAUUUUUAUUACCAUGCUGCUGUGUUUGGAGGCACAACCACCCAGGUUCUCAAGAUCACUCAGGAGUGUGCCCGAAGAAUUAUGAAUGAUAAGAAAAAUAAUAUUGAAGCCGUUUGGCACGAUGAAAGCCACUUAAAUAAGUAUUUCUUUCUGCACAAACCCACUAAAAUCUUGUCACCAGAAUUUUGCUGGGAUUUACGUAAGGAUACGACUCCUGAUAUUGAGACGGUUAAGCUCUCUUGGAAUUUUAAGCAUUAUGAAUUUCUUAGAAAGGAAGUAUAGUCCCCUCGCCCUUUCCUCAUAUUUCUGAAUUGAAGAGUAUCAGUUUCUUUGGAAAAUUAGUACCUGGAAUAUUUUAACGAUAAAAAUCCGCUACCAAAUGGCAAGCUCACCAACAGUGAGCUCACCUUCAGCUCACAUCCGUGUUGAGUGACUCAAUAAGGGACAGAGCGGUCACAGAGUGAGUCCGCUGGGAGCGGACGGAGAGGCGGUAAUUUCGCAUUGAGCAAAUGCUGCAAACAAUAGUGUGCUAGCUCAUGAUGGAACAGAAUAGAUCCUGGAACUAGAAAAGGAAACGAAAUAUCCCAGCUGAUGAGAACGGUCUUGUGGCUGCUUUCUUCAGGAAUGGCAUCACUGCUAUACUGAAUCAGGGAAGCUGUGGUCAUCUCUGAAGCCCUCACAAGAUAGGGCCCAUCAACAUUCCCUCAUGGGAGGAGGGAAGGGCUCAUGAGAUUCAUGAGGCUCCUUCAUGCCCCCCGAAGAUACAUAAAUGGUUAAUGGUUUCUAGAAAAGAAAGAGGUUUUGUGUGUGUGUGUGUGAAUGUAACUAGACAAUAAAUUCUCCAUGAUCUUUAAGUAA